CAAAGGUAAACAGCAGAGCGGCAGGAUUAUGGCCACUAACUACAGUGCCAACCAGUACGAGAAAGCUUUCUCACCCAGGUUUCUGCAGAACUGGUCUCCCGCCAAGCCGACAAAACAGGGCAUCUCUUCCCACGAAGGCUACACUCAGAUUAUCGCCAAUGAUCGUGGUCACCUGCUGCCUUCAGUGCCCCGUUCCAAGGCAAACCCUUGGGGUUCCUUCAUGGGCACGUGGCAGAUGCCUCUGAAAGUGCCCCCUGCUCGGGCGACCCUGACUGCCCGUACAGCUGCUGGCGCUGCCUCCCUCACCAGAUGGAUAGAGAAAAAUCCUGAGUUAUUGAAGGCCUCCAAUGGACUGCGCCCUGAAAUCACUGGCAAGCCGCAUGGUCCAGACAGUCAGAAGAAACCCAGGAAGUCUGCACAGCAAGCACCAAGCCCGCCGGCCCCACUUCUAAACGCCCCAGGCUCAAACCUCAACUCCCCGGAUCAGCUGCGCAGCCCACACCCCUCUGCGGGUCACACUCCAUCCAGGUCUCGGAAGCCACAUGUCCUAACACCCCCGGAAGCCCUCACGCUAGCACACGGGCAGGUCCGAAUCUAGCUGAGGCCCAGAAAUACGAACCUGGGAUUCCAGAAGGGACCGAGGGACCACACUGAGGAGACCUGUCUGGAGGUUGAGGGAAGUUAGCAAGAGCCCCCAUCAGGGAAAUUAUGGGGUGGGAAUAAAGGCAAAUUUGGAAAAUAAAAAUCGCUUGUUGAAUCUUUCACUGCUUUGGUUUUUUUCCCUCCCGCUAUGGCUGCCCCUUCUGACCCAUAACCUGGAAGAGGGCUAGGGAAACAGCAGGGAGAAGAGGCAGAGGCUUGGGGAGGGACACGUUUUUACAAGGCCUGAGUCAGUUGUAAGUUACACUGCAGACACGACCAAGAGGACGUCGGUCUGAAUCACCCUCACCCUCAUUUCUCCUCCUGAGCGCACACACCACCACCAAGGGCACAGGUGCAGUCGUCAGCUGAGCACCUGCUGUGUUUGGACCAGGUGGGGAAGGCAAGGUCCAGAAAGCCAGAGCUGAAGACACUGUCCUGUCUCAGACAUCAUGUCCGAUGACAGAGCACACAGGGAAAACAGUUACAAAAGAAAAACUCAAGCAGAAGCACAAAUAAUAGUUUGAAAACUAAAGAUGUACAGAGUGAUUGGAAGACACAGACGAAAAACAGUGAGGAGAAGGUAAGUAGACAUUUAGGACAGAAUACAAACGUGAGGACCACUCUGCCACUCCCGGCCCCAAUCACCCGAAUGCUGAGAAGCCACCAAAACGGGCAACAAGUGCCCUGUCCCCUCCCAGCCUCUGACUCCUGCUCAGCAGCGCCCUCAUCCUGCAUCUUCCUGCCACUGGCAGUGACACGCAGGGCCCUUGCCCAAGGUUCCCAGCCCCAAUGCCAAAGGGUCCCCUCGCGAACACUGGUCCCUCACCCCAAGGACAAGCACAGAGGACACAUGGUUUGGGCCUGAGGACGCCCACCAAGACGGCCCAGGGCCAGUCGAGCAAAAGGGGAGACUGACCAUCACUUGGAGCCUGAGACCCUGGGACCUGGGACCCCUGCGUCACAUGGAAGGUCUCCUCUGCAAUGGAAACCAAUGAUGUCGCUGCGACUCCUCUCCACCCACAGCUUGAACUGCUGGGCCACCAAUGGAGUGGCAGACAAGACAGUUCUGUCACCCAGACUUUCCAGACACUGUCAACACACCACUGCUGCCGAGGGAGUUGAGGACCCAAAAGCCUGGCCUUUAUGGAUAAAAGCAGCAAGCUUCCCCACUGUAAAUGUCUGCCAGGUUUUCACAAUCCCUGCUUUUUCAAUCUCUCCUCUCUCUGCUAAUCUGCAUCCUUAGCUCAUGGUCCCUUAGCUUUCACCUGCGCCAGUCCUCUGGCUCCCUCACUGGAUCACAGCUGGCUGAGCUGUACCACGGUGCUUAGAACCAGCUCUUUGUGGGGUCUGGAUCCUUUCACAGCCCACAAGCGCUCCAGGCUCUUACUUCCUGCGCUCACUCCUUCCUGUUCUGAGGCUUCCACGUGAUAGUAAAUCCUUGCUACUUGCAUCUGACACCCUGAAAAUUUUCCCAUUUGUAGAAUAAACCAUUUCUCUCCUGAGAAAGGUCCAAAUGGGGGAGAAAAUACCUGAGACCAGAGGGAGGGGCAACUGGCUUCUCUCAACCGCCACGCUCGGUCCCUCCAGGUUUCAAGGCGAGUCAAAGACAAAAUGAUCAUUUUAAUUGUUUCAGAAAAAGAUGUCACAUGAAUUUGGGUUAGAAAACAUGACAAUAAGAGGCUUAUUUUUCUGGAAAUGCAAGGAGAAUGAACAACUCUCAAUGUUAAUUUCUGCAUCUCC